AUGGCCAACCCAAUAAUAACCCAACCCCCACCUCCCCAGACCUCGCGCGAAGGCAGAAUAGCGACCCACUCGCAUAUCAAGGGGCUCGGACUGGCGGAUGAUGGGUCGGCGAUGGAGGUGUCACAGGGGUUUGUCGGGCAGCAAAAGGCAAGAGAGGCGUUGGGGCUGCAUUUGCAGUUGUUGAGGUUGGGGAGACAUUCGGGGAGACCGUUGUUGAUGGUUGGGCCGCCGGGGACGGGAAAGACCGCACUCGCUCUCGCGCUCAGCCAAGAGCUCGGCUCUAAAGUUCCCUUCUGCGCCAUGGUUGGGUCCGAGGUGUACUCUGGGGAAGUCAAGAAGACUGAAGUUCUCGGGAGCUGUUUUAGAAGAGCUAUCGGCCUCCGUAUUAAAGAGACCAAAGAAGUCUACGAAGGCGAAAUCACCGAACUCACCCCAUCCGAAGCCGAGAACCCAUUAUCCGGCUACGGCAAGACCAUCUCGCACGUCAUCGUCGGGCUCAAAACCGUCAAGGGCACCAAACAGCUCCGUCUCGAUCCGUCGGUCUACGAAUCCAUCCAAAAAGAGCGCGUCGUCGUCGGGGACGUCAUCUACAUUGAGGCCAACACCGGUGCGGUCAAGCGCGUCGGGCGGUCAGAUGCCUAUGCGUCGGAGUUCGACCUCGAGGCGGAGGAGUAUGUCCCCCUGCCAAAAGGGGAUGUGCAUAAGCGGAAGGAGUUGGUGCAGGAUGUGACGCUGCAUGAUUUGGAUAUGGCGAAUGCGCGGCCGCAGGGAGGCAGCGAUAUCAUGAGCGUGAUGGGGCAGCUGGUCAAGGGUGGGAGGACGGAAGUGACGGAUAAGCUCAGGAGGGAGAUUAAUAAGGUGGUGGAUAAGUAUAUUGAGCAGGGGGUGGCGGAGCUGGUACCAGGUGUUUUGUUCAUCGACGAGGUCCACAUGCUCGACAUGGAAUGCUUCACGUACCUCAACCGCGCUCUCGAAUCCCCCUUAUCGCCCUACGUCGUCCUCGCCUCCAACCGCGGCAUGACCACUAUCCGGGGAACGGAAUACGACGGGCUCACCGGCGGAUCCGGCGUCGGCAUCCGAUCACCACACGGAAUCCCCAUCGACCUCCUCGACAGGUGUAUGAUCGUCAAGACCGCCCUGUACAACCGGGGCGAUAUUCGCCGCGUCAUCGAGAUUCGGGCCAAGACGGAGGGAAUCCAACUGAGUGUGGAGGCGCUGGAUAGGUUGGCGGAUGAGGGGGAGAGGAGCUCGUUGAGGUUUGCGUUGCAGCUGUUGACGCCAGGGAGUAUACUGGCGAAGGGACGAGGGGCGACCGAGGUGGGUGUGCAGGAUGUAGGAGAGUUGAGCGAGCUGUUUUUGGAUGCGAAGCGGAGUACGGGGGUGUUGAGGGGGAUGGAGGGGAUGCAGUAG